UCCGAAUGUUUUGACCUCAACGUUCUGUCGCAUAGGAUUAGUUAGUCACAAGUGGAUGUUUUAUCUCGCACCCUGAAUGUUAAUGGUCACUUGUCACCAUGGUCAUGAAUUAAACCCUCCGAAAACAAACAUGCACUCCACCAGAACAGCAUCACCUCAGCACCCACAUCCUUCGUUGCGAUCAUUCUAAUUCAUGUACAACCAGUAUCACAACCAGUCCCCUGCGUCGUCCCCCGCGGAAUGGGACGACGGGCUGGACAACUUCCUACCCACACCACAGCCAACCUAUGACGAGGACGGGCACGACGACUCGCCCCCACAUUCCCCAUGCCUCGCCUCCAGCAGUCGCAGUGACCCCUCCUAUGAUGCCCCCCGCAGGCCACCAGAGCCAAAAAGGGCCAUGCCCUCACCACCAAUUCCCGGCUUCUACAACAUGUCCUCAUUGCCUCCGCAGUAUCGUCAUCACAUCAGUGAUGGAAAUGAGGAGCAGUCAGAAAUACCGAGCCACUACAUGAGCCAUCAUUUCGUCACUUCCAACUCCUCCCCCGGCUUCCACACCCCACCUCAGCACCAACAGCACAAUGGCGCCCACGAGGACGAGCCUUCCGACGUUCUAGUGUGGAACACGAUCCAGCAACAGCAGCAACAAGGUCACCGCCACCAGCACCUCAGAUUACCUGCCCAACAGCAACAUUAUCAGAGUCAUCACGACACGGAAGAUAGUCGACCCAGUCUCAGAUGUGCAUCCAAUCGUGCCAUUUCAUCAAAAUCCAGAUCGGUCAAGUCGUUGGGGGUGCGGGAAAGCAGCAAUGGGAACCUGACUUCGGAGGAGUAUGAGAACCACUUGGUCUCCGUGACUAAACAAUUGGAGCAAAUCAAAAGCACGCAAGACUCAAUUCUCUCCGAAUUGUCAGACGACAUCUCCAACUUGCAGUUUGAGAAUGUUCAGCUCAAAAACACAAAUGAACACUUGACGAUGCAGAACAGCCAUCUGCUCCAAGUGAUCACCGACCUGUCCAACGAAGUGGAGCAUAUGCGAGACGUGUUUCGAAUGCGAGGCUGGUCUGUGAAACAGCUCGGCGAGAAGAACACAGUCGCUGACUCUGAAUCCCGACGUGAGAAGGCGGACUCCUCCUCCUUAUCACAAGAUAAUAAAACAAUAAACAAUAACGAUAAGGUCGAAGCUGGAACGGCUGCUAGAACUGCAAAGGAUCAUCCUACCACGGAUGUCCCUCUUCCUCGUUCAGGAGCAGAAGAGGGGCCCCAUGUGAAGAGAAAACAACGGGGCAGCAGCAGGCCGCAAGAACAAUUUGAAACUGUUCCACUCGUUGAGAAUCCAAAACAAAAAAGUAUUUUCCCUCCUGCGACAACUCCAGUUGUCAAGAACAAUCAGCACAACUUGCCACCAGUACCUGGGGAAGAACAAGUGGCCUCACUGGCCAACAGCAACAGUGGUCACAGCAGUCGUCACAGCUCGUCCUCCCGCAGGCGUCAACGGGGACAUCAACCAAAAGUGUCCUCCAAACUUUCUAGUGUUGAGUCCCUCAAAUCUUGUUCGAGUAGGCCAUCCUUGUCGACAACGGCGAAGCAGCCCAGGUCCAAAACAACUCAUCAUCAUAAAAACCACCCUGAGGAUCAUGAGGACGAUAAAGCGUCUGGAGGAAGCUGCUUCAAGAACUUGUUUAAACGAAACAAGAGACAAAGUCAAACAUCGUCAACGUCAGCGAAUAAUGUUCGAUGAAGUUCUUGUACAUCUGUUAACUAGCAGCAAUA